AAGAGUCGUUCAGAGAUCCAGCAUCUGCUCGCUGCGAUUGUUGUGCUGCGCGAGAUCUCCGCUAUUUCAGGAUGUCAGUCAGGCGGUUUCUGUCAGUGUUUCUCAUGUUGUUUGUGACUCUCAGCGCUGAACACGAAGAGAAUGAAGCUCUGAAAUACAGCCACACACAGCAGACCACAGACCAGAUUGAAGUUACAUUCACCACUGGCAACUUGAGCGAUACGACACACAAACCUUCAUUACCAGAUGUUGAUGAGUGUCUCCAGGGCGACCCGGGGCCUUGCGGUUACCAUGCCAACUGCACAAACACACCUGGAUCCUACCUGUGCAGCUGUUUCCGUGGUUACCUGAUGAGUGCGGAAGGAUGUAAAGAUGUAGAUGAGUGUGUGUUAGCUGUAGUAACAGGUCUGCAGGCGUGUGGAAGUGGAGCCGUGUGUUCAAACAAACCGGGAUCUUUCACCUGCUCGUGUCCGGCGGGAUUCGUGCUGGCGCUCGACGGACACAACUGUGUCGAUGUUGACGAGUGUAAUUUCGAGGAGAGGUGCCGCAGGGAGCUGGGUAACGUGUGUGUGAAUACAGACGGCAGCUACACGUGUGUGUGUCAGGCUGGAUUCAGAGAGCACAGAGCCGCGUGUGUGGACAUAAACGAGUGUUUGUCCGGGGAUCACGGCUGUGACGUUAACGCUCGCUGUGGGAACAUCAUCGGCUCGUAUUUCUGUCAGUGUCUUCAGGGAUACAGCGGAGACGGACACUCCUGCUACGAUGUGGAUGAAUGCACUCAGGGUAACAGACUCUGUGAACAUGACUGCAUGAAUCAGCCGGGGACGUACAGCUGCGUCUGCAGCCCUGGAUACGCAGUCACUGCAGAUCUACACAACUGCACAGACAUAAACGAGUGUUUGUCCGGGGAUCACGGCUGUGACGUUAACGCUCGCUGUGGGAACAUCAUCGGCUCGUAUUUCUGUCAGUGUCUUCAGGGAUACAGCGGAGACGGACACUCCUGCUACGAUGUGGAUGAAUGCACUCAGGAUAACAGACUCUGUGAACACGACUGCAUGAAUCAGCCGGGGACGUACAGCUGCGUCUGCAGCCCUGGAUACGCAGUCACUGCAGAUCUACACAACUGCACAGAUGUGGACGAGUGUGUGAGCAGUAAUGACAUGUGUGAACAGACCUGCACAAACACAGCGGGUUCCUUUCUCUGCUCGUGUCGAAGUGGGUAUCAGCUGCACAUCGAUGGACGCAGCUGUGUGGACAUAGACGAGUGUAAACUACAGAACGGAGGCUGUUCUCACGAGUGCACAAACACACCAGGAGGUCAAGAAUGUCACUGUCCCUUCCCUCUGCUGCUGGACCACCGCAACACCACCUGCGUCACCAUGUGUUCUCCACCCUGCGCUUAUGGAGGGUCCUGUAUGAGGUGGAACGUCUGUCUGUGUCGUCCCGGCUGGACGGGUGACGGCUGCCACACAGCCGUGUGUGAGCUGCCGUGUGCGAACGGUGGACGAUGUGUCGCUCCAAAAACCUGCCAGUGUCCCUCCGACUACAGCGGGCCGCAGUGUCUCACCCCGCUGUGUUCUCCUCCGUGUGUGAAUGGAGGGAGGUGUGUGGACAUCAACACCUGCAGCUGCUCAGACGGAUGGACAGGAGCGCGCUGUCAGAGAGGUGAACAAAUACACACUUUUUCUGUUUGUGUUCAUGUAAUUGUGUGUGUGUGUGUGUGUGUGUGUGUAGCCGUCACUACGCCGUGUGUUCCUCCCUGUCAGCAUGGUGGCGUCUGCGGGCCUCUGAACACCUGUGUGUGUGUGACGGGGACGAGCGGCAUACGCUGUGAGAAACUCGUGUGUCCCGUCGUGACUACGGUGGUCAGUAUGGCCCGCGCCGUGCGGAAAGGCUUUCGGGAGAGUUACGUGGACCGCUGCGGACCGCUGGGAGUCCAGCUCUGUACUAAAUACAGGAUAAAUCAGGCGCGUGUGUAUCUGCAGGCGUAUAGAGUGGGCUACAAAAUCCAGUGUCCCGAGAAAACAGCAAGAUGAACAACAUCAAGUCUAUUGUAAUGCUCCCAAACACUUAACAGACACACUCACUCAGUGCAUAUUAUAUGAUUGUGUAUACUGGCUUUUGCACAUUGUGCAUGUGUAUUGUUACAGACUAAUAAAGGUAUUUU